AUGACCGGAUAUGAUAUGAGUGGACAAGUUGUAGAAUGGGCAAAGUUUGCCUAUAAAUUAUUGCAUCUUACUGCUAUUCAAGUAUAUCGUAUUAUUGCCCGAGUUCCGGAGACAGGUGAUUGUUUGUUCAUCGGCGAUGUUGAUGAGGACGCACUCCGAUUUCACCAGCACCUUCUGCAUAAGGCAGUGUCAGGUGAUUGUGUGCACAGAGCAAGACCUGCGGACGCUGCAGCUACAUCAAUUAAAACUUGUGUGGAUCCGAGGUCUUCCGUUGUCCGGACUGCGGUUGCGAGCUAG